AUGCAACGCGAAAUUAUUGAAAAACAGCGUGUCGUGAUACAGUUUCUCCAGAGUUUAGAUGUUUCACCGUCGAAAACAUUGAUACAGUUGAAGAAAUCGUUUGGAGACCAAACUUUGAGUCGCACAGCUGUUUUUGAGUGGCACAGACGCUUUAAUGAGGGGCGCGAGUCAACAUCCGACGACGAGAGAUGUGGGAGGCCGGCACUUGUGGCGAAAAAGCGCGAAAUGGUAAAGUCCAUGCUUGAUAGGGACCGACGAGUGUCUACACGGGAAGUGGCCGAGGAAUGUGACAUUGGGGUAGCAACAGCGUAUAAGUUAAUUACUGAAGAGUUUGAGAUGACAAAGGUGUGCGGACGUUGGCUACCAAGGCUGUUGGAUGACAAUCAGAUGAAGGAUAGGGUGAAUAAAUCAUUGAACUUUUUGAGGUCCUAUCGACGUGAAGGGGACAUAUUUCUUCAAAGAAUAAUCACAACGGAUGAAACGUGGUUUCAGGGCAAUGCCCCAGCGCACAGGGCCCGGUACACAGAGUUGGAGCUGGAUGUUCUCGGGAUUGGCAGGUUGGAGCCCGCCCCCUACAGCCCAGGCCUUGCGCCACUUGAUUUUGUGCUUUUCCCGGCCGUCAAAGCCCAGCUACGCGGAAUCCGAUUCGACGAUCUUGAGAGCCUACGUUGUCACGUGCAGACAAUUAUGUCUUAA